AUGUUCCGUAACGUCUGUUGGCCAAAAGAUCGUUCGCAGUUCUUACCCUCUUCUCUGUGGCCAUACAUCAAAAAGUUGGAAUUCAUAUACAAGUCCGACUAUAAGCAACCGUUGUGGGUCUCUCAAUCACGACAUGGACCAGCCAUGAAGUUGCUUUCUGCAGCUCUUCCACAUAUUCCUAACCUCGCAACGUUCGUUUAUUCACCGGAUUUUCCACCCAACUUCGAUCUCAUCGACGCAUUGGCGUCAACCCCUUCUCUUCACACCUUACACAUCCCAACUUCAUUCCUUGUUCACGACGCAUUGACAGUCUUCAAUUCCUUCCAUGGAGUCCAUGACCUCGUAAUCGAACAGGUCGGGAAGGCGACACUCUAUGAUGCUCCAGAAUCAAAGCGGUUGUUAUCUGUACAAUGUGUAGCUAACAUCAUUCAAGGAUGCAGCGAGACGCUAGAGUCCCUCGAGAUUCCUGGAGAGUACUGUCCAUUACCGAACCUUUUGCAGAGAAUAUCGCUGCCAGUGAUACGCAACUUCCUACUUACAGGAUUCCCGCCAUUAGAUUCGGAUUCUCAAAAUUAUCCCCUCUGGACCGUUGUGCAGUCGAUGCAGAAGUUAAAAGUCCUUGAGGUUCACUGUAGACUACGUGUAAUUGGUGCCUCACCUCACAGAUACGAGCUGCUGCCUCCGAAUGCUGCACAAGACCAAAGCAAUUUGUUUUCCUCGCGGAUUGAAUCCAUCACUAUCUCCAAUCCAUCCUUUUCAGACCAAAUCUUCAAAUUUUUGCCUCAUUCUCUAAGAAGUCUGGUCCUCGAUUUUAUUCCAGACUCUUGGGAGAAUAUGCUGCUGUCUGGAAACGAUACCAUGUUGGCUUAUCACAAACCCGAGAUGAUUGUUCUGCUGUUAAAAUCUCUGCCUUCAUCUCGCCCAAAUUUAGAGCAGCUCUGCAUCAAAAUGGGCUGGUGUGUUACUACAAAUAUGUUAGCAGGAAUCUACGAGUGUUUUCCAGGUCUCCGAGCAUUGGAAUUGCAGGGCAUCCGAUACUUCAAUCGCGCGGAAGAACCUGAAUCGGACAUGGCAGGGAUUGUGGCCGUCCUCGAACAGCUUGAGUUCCUUCAUACCCUAAAGCUAGCAGUGGAAUUUAAAGAAGACUCGUAUCGAGAGGGUUUGCGUCAAGAACGGAAAAUUGGAUCCGUGGAUGAGGCGAUGCAGCACUGGGCUAACAUAUUUCGGAAACGAAUCAAGUCUCUUCGUGACUUGGCAUUCGAGAAACGACGCCAUACAGGAAAAGGGUAUGGGCGACGAGCUGCCAUUGGGGCUCCUCUGUGGGUCUGGUUUUCAUGA